CCGCUGCGGCGCCGCUCGAGCCGUCGUUGCGCUCGGCCGGGCCGCCGCCGCUCCGCCAUGUGGCUGCUGGCCGCCUCCGUGCUGCUCGGCGCUCUCCGCGCAGGUUCUGCCCAGUUGUCACUUGUUGGGACAGAUAUUAUAGAAAAAAAUGACUGUAAUGGAACAGUAGUUUUACCUUGCUACGUGACUAAUCUACAGGAGAACAAUGAAAAAGUCAUGUUUGUGACAUGGAAGAAGGAAAGAGAAGUUAUUUUUUCUUAUCGGGGUGAAACAAAGGAGUUUUAUAUUCGUCCAUCKUUUCCAUCAGCAAGAUUGUUAUCCCAGGGGGAUUUAACCAAGGGUGUGGCCUCGCUGGUGCUCAACCGUAAUGAUGCAACAGUUGGAAAUUACAGCUGUGAAGUAACAGAAUCAAACAGAGAAGGAGAAAUAAAAAUGGAACUUAGAGACAGCACAGUUGACAGUUGCGGCGACGAAACACCAGACGAAAAAUGUGGACCAUGGUUCGUUCUAGUGGAAAGGGCUGUCAUCAUAUCACUGAUGUGGUUACUUGUUAUUUUGUGUGCAGCUCAGUUAAGUUUUAUUGGAUUAAAAUAUGAAAUUGAAUCUCUGAGGAAAGUGUGCAUUAUUGUAGCACUUGUCAUCUUGGCAGUUUUAGCUUCUGCGGGCACUGCUCUUUUUGUCCAAGAUGGCUAUACUGUACGGAAUCAAGCUGGCCUUGGCCUAACCGUAAUCCCUGCUGUGAUUUUGAUACCACUUCAGUACAUCAUGUUUGGAAUUGUUUUUGACAGCUUACCGCAGACAACGUUGGCUCUGAUAGGUUUGAAACUUCUUGGUUAUAUAAUUGCCGUGGUUGGUUUUUCACUAUGUGUCCCAGCCUGUCCUCCAUUACAUGGGUCUGUUCUGAUUGCUGGCUUAGCUAUUAUGGCUAUUGCAAGUUUGCUUAGUCUGGCUUAUGAGUUUAUUAUGGGUUCCAGAAUGAAAGAUCAUCCUCGUCCGGGGAAAGCUGUAGAAGAACCACUAAAUGAACUGCAGAGUUAUGUGAUGCGUAUACAAAAAAGUACACCGUUGUUGAUACACCGUGGCCUUGAAGAUGCACUACUCAACGAGAAGAAAUUCAGGAAUCUAGUUGUUUUGCAUGUGUGGCAAAAGUGCUUUUGAUACAAAUGAUGUAAUUUUAUAGUCACAGCAGCUGUAGCAAGGAACAUGUGUGUUUGCCCACAUGUGAUCUUUAUUUUCUUUUGUUAUGGUGUAUACRGGAUGGUUGAGGAUGAGAAUAUAAAAAGCACUAUUUGCCCAGUACAGAGUCUCCCUGCAGUAAUCCUUAGUGGUAUUAUUUUCAAAAACUAUCAUUAGUCACUGCUUUGGUAAUGGGCCUGCUGAGCCCAGAGAUUGCAAUACCAUUUAGGCUAUUGUUUUCUUUAUUUGUGUGCAUGGACAAAGUAUGGUUUAUGUGUAUGAUACAAGCAGGAAGUAGAGAUUGUACAAAUACAUCUUUUCUGACAUUCAGCAAAAUUUUUAUUAAAAAAGAAAUAAAAAGUCACACACGAAGUUGCAUUAAGUACAAAGUUUACUCCCAGCUCUCCUGAAAUUAUGAAUAGAGUUCUAAUUCUGAGACAUUAGAAUUCCUCUCUGUGGACAGUAGUCACGUGUGCUCUGGUGGCUAAUAUUUUUGUCCAGCGAGAGGGCUCUCUGUGCCUCCUCUGCAUCCUUUGAUAAGAAACUGCUCAGCUGUUGGAGCCUAAUUCAGCACUGGAAUUACAGAGCACAGGAGCUGGUAAUCUUAAUGCUGAAUGUGGUUCUUGUGUGUGUUCAUGUUGUGCAGUGUGUGGAACUGGAAGCAAUUUCAGGCUUUCUUAACUCAGUGAAUUUGUGAAAGUUGUGGAUGCUUCAUAAAAAUAGGAGUUGUCCUAUUUAGUGUAUUUUAGACAGAGUUUUAAAAUCUUGUUUUCUUGAAUGGAAAAGAGUUAUAUAAUUUCUGACCCAAGUUUGUGUUGCUGCCAUUAUGUCAAAAACAGAUGAAAUAAAAAGUAGGAGGAGCUGAUGAGGAGUGAGGAAGCUCAGUUUCUGUAUAUAUCUAAGUGGUGCAGUUAAAAAUCAGUUUACUAGGACUUGCACAUUCCAUGAGAUUCUGCCAUGUUUUUUACAGCUGUUUUGAGAGUUGUUCCAAUAUAGUUGGCUGCUCUUGGACUUUGUGUAYGCUUUGUAGAAAUCUUGACACUGUCCUGUUUGUACUAAGGUACUGUAUUUCAAAGGCACACAUGGUUUUAUCCUUCUAACAGUUUAAAACUUGGUUUUAGAAAGCUGUUGCCAAACAGUCACGUAAUAAAAUCCAUGUUUUUAAAGAUACUGAGUAAUUUGGCACUUCUCAGAGUUGAAUGUUACAAACUAAGGUUCAUAUCCAUGUUAUUGGGUGCACGUUGCAGGGAUUUGGGUCCCUGCACGUUGAGCUCCGAGUCGCAUCAAGAAUUCAACAAAACRAAAUUGAGGUGUCUGAUUUUACAGUAGGUGCUGUUAUAAUCGUCUCUCUUGCCAAGGCUGCAGGAUUGAGCCGUUUAAAGCAAGCCAUGGGCCAGCCCUGACUGGGAUCAGUGGAACUGGACACAGGGAAGAGGGUCAUGGUCACCCCUGCGACCAAACAUGGGAGAAGCAUGUAUGGCUCACAAUUACUGUCCUGCUUUGUCAGUGGGAGUAUUCGUGUGAGGUCUGAGCUCUUACAUACSAAUCUUUUGAUACAGGUUUUUCCAUAAUCUCAGUGAUCUCUAGCUAAAGAUGGGAGAUGAUUCUCCAUUAAAAAUCUAGGGGUUUUUUUCUAAUUAAGUACUGUGCAGUGCUCCCUGUUUAUAACUAGUGAUUCCCUCUGACAAGCUGAAAGCAGCAGAGGAAUAAAAUAACCAAAUCAACUGGGAUUCUGUUGAGGUAUUCUGCCUUAUAAAAACCACUCUGUACGAUAGCUUUAUGUUAACUUGUGUAAAGCAAGCUGCAGCAGAACCCCUCCGUGUCACCGUGGGAGCAGGCCGAGCUAUUCCCAGGAGUUCUCAAAACCUGAGGAGCUCUGGCCAUUUAUGGGCUGCAGAAACACUGCCCCAGAAAUGGGAGGAACCCACCAUCCUGUUGUGUUAAGGGCUGGAUUUCUUGUAGGUAUGAAUUUAAAAGCAAGAGGUUAAAAAAUUGGGACACCCAGCCAGCCCUUUCCCACCAGUAAUUUAAAACCAAAGUUGUUCAUAACUGUAUGCUUUUAUUUGUGUGUGUACAUAUGUGUGUAUAUAUAAAUAUAUCGACAUUUUAAAUAUCUAUAGAUCUAUAGUCUUUACCCAAGAAAUCGUUUUUAUUUAUGAAACAUGAAAUGAUUUUGUAAAUAUUGUGCUAAUAUACCUAAAAAAAUAAAGUCAUUUUAAGUUGUUUUU